UUGGCUACAUGCCUUGAUAAUGCGCGUCGCGCUGUGAAACGACGACAGACACUCAUUCGUUAUAGAAGCCUUGGGUCUGCAAUUUAUAAACAUAAAGACGAGUUUUUUCAGCGCGCCGCCGCCGCCAUGUCGCCGCUCGCCCGCUCGCUGCUCGCGCUCGGCGCGCUGCUCGCCGCCGCCGACUCCCAAUACAAUUGUGACAAUGAAGAGGGUGGUUAUAUAACUAAAGAUUCAUACAACUUCACCACCCCGUUUUAUGUACCGUAUGGUGUGGAUGGCGAAGUGCAUAUUCCGGAUGUUUGUUUUGCUAUAUUCAGAAGAGCACUGAUGCAUAUUGGGGAGAAGGUGCAAGCGUGCAAUAUUGAGCGAGGACAUCCUCCGCCGCGGAUCAUCCCCGUCGUAUGGCCCAUCGGCCCAUUGGAACCUGUACGUAUCGAAUACUGCAAAGAUCCCAAUGGCUGUAUGGUUUACAUCACCGAGUACUGCGAUCUUCCAUAUCCACCACCGCCUGUGUAUAAUCAAUUUAGUGGGUAAUUGAAGUCCAGUUUAUGAAUAAAACAGUUAUGAUAAAGAUAAA